AUGCUUUCCACGCACGCCUCUGAGCGGGCCGUAUGUCUGUUUCUCGUGUCCACUAAGCACGUGCGCGCCAUAGCGUGUCAAAAGCAGGUUAAUGCCACGGACAUGUGUCCAGCCUUUGUCUGUCCUAACUGGCCAAUCGCUUUCCAGAGUUACUUCACAAAGGAUUUCAUUGCGGUGACUGCCUACGCUCAGAUACUCCAGGACCCGGCGUCUUCACUGCCGGACUGCGAUUCUGGACCCGGCCCACUAAUGGCUGGACUGAACUUGUUCGAGAGUCAGUUACUCAUACUCUACUUCUGCACUUAA